AUGUCGCUGUCUGCAAAGCCAAAUCACCGCGCCUGGUGGAAAGAGUGCUCGGUAUACCAAAUCUGGCCCGCCUCAUUCAAAGAUUCGAACAAUGACGGCGUCGGUGACAUUCCUGGCAUCAUUUCCCAGCUCGACUACAUUAUGAACCUUGGGGUGGAUAUGGUUUGGUUAUGCCCCUCGUAUAAGUCCCCGCAGGUCGAUAUGGGCUACGAUAUCGCCGAUUACUACAGUAUUGCCGACGAGUAUGGCACGGUCGCAGAUGUCGAGAAAUUGAUCCAGGGAUGCCACCAACGCGGAAUGAAGCUUCUUAUGGACUUGGUAGUCAAUCACACUAGCGACCAGCACGAGUGGUUCAAGCACUCGCGGGGAUCCAAAGACAACGAGUAUCGGAACUGGUAUAUCUGGAAGCCUGCACGCUACGAUGAGCAGGGAAACCGCCAUCCUCCGAACAACUGGGUUUCUCAUUUCCAAGGUAGUGCGUGGCAGUAUGACGAGCUCACAGACGAAUACUACCUUCAUCUGUACGCCACCGAGCAGCCCGAUCUCAACUGGGAGCACCCGCCAGUGCGCAAGGCUGUGCAUGAUAUCAUGCGCUUUUGGCUCGACAAGGGCUGCGACGGGUUCCGCAUGGACGUGAUCAAUUUCAUCAGCAAAGACCAACGCUUCCCUGACGCGCCAGUGAAAGACCCGCGAACCCCCUGGCAAUGGGGAGAUAAGUACUAUGCUAACGGGCCACGGCUGCACGAGUACCUGCAAGAUGUGGGAAAGAUUCUCAAAGAAUAUGAUGCCUUUAGUGUUGGCGAGAUGCCUUUCGUGAAGGAUGAGGGAGAGGUGCUUCGAGCUGUGCAGUUUGACCGCAACGAGAUCAAUAUGAUUUUCAGCUUUGAGCACGUGGAUAUUGACCAUGGAACGUUUGACAAGUUUGAGCCUGGCAAUUGGAAACUGACUGAUCUCAAGCAGUUCUUCCAGCGGUGGCAGACGUUCAUGUAUGAGCAUGACGGCUGGAACGCUCUCUAUUGGGAGAACCAUGAUCAGCCGCGAUCAAUUGACCGCUAUACGAACGCAAGUGAGGAGCAUAGUCUCAUCGCAUCCAAGAUGUUGGCCACUGCAUUGGCACUGCAGUCUGGCACACCUUUUGUGUACCAGGGACAGGAGCUAGGGAUGCGCAACGUUCCACCAUCUUGGGGCAUCGAGGAAUACAAGGAUAUUGACUGCCUCAACCACUGGAAUAGGCAACAAGUCGCUCUUCAAGAGUACCAGAAAAAAUCCCGAGAUAAUGCGCGCACUCCAGUCCAAUGGUCUGAUGCUCCCAAUGGAGGGUUCACUGGCCCUAACGUCAAGCCCUGGAUGUCCGUCAACGACAACUACGUCCAAAUUAACGCUGCAGCCGAGGUCAAGGACCCCAACUCUACUUAUCACUUCUGGGCGUCUGUGCUCGCUUUGCGCAAGAAGUAUCUGGAUAUCUUUGUGUACGGUGAUUGGAAGAUUGUAGAUGGUCCGAGCCAAGAGGUGUUUGCGUUUACCCGUCAGUACGAGGACCAGAAGGCUUUGGUUCUGUGUAACUGGACUGAAAAGAACGUGGCUUGGGAUGCGUCGAGCAAUGGGAUCUCUGCAGUCAAGAGUGUGCUUUUGAACAACUACGAGGGAACAGCCGAGGCUUCGAAGCGCUUCUGCGGAGGAAAGUACGCACUCCGACCUUAUGAGGCAUAUCUCCAAAGAGCCCAGGGAACUCCUUCUACAACUUGUGACUUUCCCCUCGAUAUAUUGCGCCGUUCGGUGGUUUCCGCCACUAUCGGGUUUCACUUAUCCACCGCUUCCCCGCGAUCGAUAGGAGCCGCCUUGCGAAACAUUUCAGUCACUCAAUCUCAACACUCCCCUCAACACCCACACACACAUGCAUACACGAUGACAACCGAGGAAGCCUCUGUUCCCGCACACCUAGACCCAUCCACGUACCCACGCAUCCGCCACGAUGCUGCGCAAAACAUCCACCUCACGCUCACCUAUUCCCCGCUCGACCCGAACACCUAUCUUGCGCAGACAUCCUCUCCCGCUGCAGGCGCAAAUACCCUGUUCCUCGGAACGACACGCGAUACCUUCGAAGGCCGCGCUGUCUCUCAAUUGAGUUAUACAACAUACCCGCCCCUUGCGUUGAAGACACUCACGGCCAUCGCGGAGGCCGCCGUGAGCAAGCAUGAUCUCAAGGGCCUAAGCAUUGCGCACCGCCUCGGAAUAGUGCCCAUUGGAGAGGCCUCUAUUGCGAUAUCUGUGAGUGCGGGACACCGUGCUGCAGCUUGGAGGGCCGGUGAAGAGGUCUUGGAGGCCUGCAAGGAGAAGGCGGAAAUAUGGAAGCGCGAGGAAUUUAUUGACGGUGGGAUGGAGUGGAGGGCUAAUGCUGAUCGUGACGCGGAGGGGAAUCUUGUUAAAAAUGAUGGCCCUUAA